GAGCUCUUGAACUUCAUAAUAUAUUUUUAUACUGUUUACCAUAACGUUCUUGCCGGCAACCUGCAUAUACCACUGGCUGUCAGGCAUUCCUGGCUGUCAGCAUCUGCGCGUGACCCCGAAGUAGGCCAAGAGCUAGAACGCAAACAAUACGUCUAUUUUAAUAUGUGCUUGCGAUUAUGUAAAGAAGCUACUACCCGAAGCUUAGACCCUAGGUUUGUCUCAAUAGGACCUUGCCAUUAGCGAAGGUCGUCCAUCCCGAAUGGGCCAGCGCAGCUUAUGCGCAUCUAGUAUACAACGAUGUCCGACGCGUUGGCACCAGCUCAGCAACCUAGCCCCGGACCAGGCGUCUCUCCACAGGCGCAGCAAGCCAGCUUUACCGAGAGCUUCCAAAGCCUGCAAAGCAAGCUUCCUAUAGGCUCACGCUUUGCAGUAACGGGGCCUAUCGCAUGGGACGCGGGCAUUGCUGGCGAAGCCUCCUCUACGGGCACAGCAACCCCAGUUAAAAGUGGCGCAAGCACUCCUCGAUCGACGCCUGCAGGUUCUACCGUCAGCCCUCCGGCGGACCCCCUUGUGCAGUCCCUGCAUGUCAAGUUCAGCGCAAGCACACGCUUCAACGCGUCGGAUGCCACGAGCGGUGCAGGUGCUGGAAACGGCAGCCAGCUCUAUGGACUUUUCAGGCACCGCCAACGGGGUGGCACUCCUGCCCGGCAAGGAACCCUGCGGAACGGCGGGGGACACCGGUCCACUGGUGGGCGUUCUUCUCUGUCCAGGCAGAGCGGGCCCAUGCCGACCGACUCGGACGAGGGCCCGCUAAGCAACAUUAUGCGGGCGCUAUCCGGUCGCUACAGGCGCACCCACAGCGCAGACUCCUCGGUCAUGCGCCGCACCAGCAGCGGCGAACUCCCCUCCGAGAGCAAAUCCUCCGUCUCCAUGCGUGGCCUGCAGCUACCAGCGCCGCAGGGCCUUCGCGACAGCGGCUCAGGAGCGGGCGAGCCUCCUAGUGCCAGCUUCAGCGGCCGUAGCGGGCGAAGCCGGGGGCCUCGGGUCCGGAUGACGAGGCGGGGAUCCUUUCCACGGGAACAUACAGAAAGUGUGGGCACAGAAAGCAGCGACGGCGGCGCUCGGCGCGGGAGCCGAGCCGCAGCUCGGGGCAGCAUGCUGGGUGACUGGCUUGCUGGCUCGGCAAGGGGCAGCGGCAGCAUGCGGCGCUCCCAGUCCAUGCCCAGGGAACGCGACAGUGGCAGCGGUAGCGCUGACCGUGUGCAGUCCAGGGCUCCUAUGCGCCGAAGCCGCACCUUCGCGGCUCCGGCACCAGAGGCCCAAUACAAUGACACGUCCCAGAGGGGCCGCCGGCAGUCUGGCAGCCAGCGCCGAAGCCAGAGUCGCGGACGCAGCCGCGGCCGCAGCGGAGGCACCGACAGCAGGGACGUCUUGUCGCAAGAGGGUGGUGAGCGCGACGCAGCGGGCGCAGGACGGCGUGGCAGGCACAGCAGCAGCCACAGCCGGAGCCGCAGUCUCAGCAGGCCGCGGGAAGCAGGCGAUGGUAUCUUGCAGUCGGUGAUCUCGUUUGCGAUGCGCGGCCGGGGCCCUGCCAGACAGCGCCGUCAGGAAACCGAAAGCCGCGGAGACGAGUCGCGCACCAGGGCUUGGCUGGAGGCGUCUAGCCAUGGGACCUUGCCGGAUCACAGUCAGCAGCAGCUUCGGGCUGACUCAGCCCGGGUACCCCGUGCGCCGUUACACAGCGGCAGCGGCGAUUCUUCAAGGGCUCGGCGGGCUGAUACCAAUCCUGAAGGCGUUAACACCUCCUUGGCUUUCCGUGUGAGGGCCGCGGGCGACGUCGACGACGACGAUGCACAGGGGCAACCCACACCCACUCUGCGCCAGAACCCGCCCCUGCCACCGCACACGCACCUGGAUCUGCGGCGGCCGCCCGAGCCGCUGCAGCUGCGGGCCCAUACCCGGCAGCCGCCGCCCUUCAUCCCACGGACCUCCCUCACUGCCGCAGGAACGGGGUUGCCGCCCGAUCUCGCACUGGCGACGUCACCGCCGUCUGACGCACCAGCACGCCGCGAGCGGCAGCAGCAGUUGAUACACGGCAAGCGCACCCCUCGGUCAUCCAGUCGGCCCCGGAGAUCUCAAUCCGCGCCUCGCUCCCGGGCAGCCCAGCGGCGUGCCGAGAUGGUGGCGGCGGGUGGCGGCAGCGGUCGCCCGAAGCGUAGCAGGUCAGCCCAGCGACAGGAGGCGGGAGCUGACAGGAGCAAGUCCUUUGCGGCACGUAGGAGGCAGCGCAAGAUGUCCGUGCCAAGCGGUGACGGAACCGACUUCACCGCUGAGAGCAACAGAGACACAGACAGCUCACCGCGCCGCCCGGCCGGCCUCCUGUCCUGGCUGCUUAACCGUCGCCCCCGACAGGGCGUCUCGCCCUCCCCAUCGCCACGCUCCCCUUCUCCAGACCCUUCGCAGCGGCGCCAGGGCGCAGCCUCUCCACUCCCGACCUCGCUGCCUCCCUCGCCGCCGCCCGAAGCCCACACCUCAGCAGCGCCUAGAAGCGCUCCUAUUGCGCCUUCCAACCUCCCAGGCAGCAGCCCAGCACCCGCUCAAUCCCCACCCGACGGCGCGGUCGCACAGCCUUCCCGGACCGGUAGCGACCUGGCAGCAGGGCAGCCACCUAACCCCUUCGUCACCUCACAGCACACCAGCCCCAACCUCAUCCGUAGUCCAGAACCAGGUUUCAACUCCGGGACUUCUGGCCCAAGGCUCUCGACGGAAGCUCAGUACAGCCCGCCUACUCCGAGUCCAGGCCGUGAUGAUCGGGACAGCCCGCUGAUGCAGCUGGGUGCCCGAGCCCAAGGACCCAGGGCUGCGGACAGCCCGCUUAACAAUGUCGAGCGCCGCCGUCCGCCGCCGCUGCAACUCCCGGAGAACCUCCGAGUGGGUGCCACGACGGCCACUCCAAGCCAUGCGGCAACACCUGGGGUUCAUGGCGCAGCCCCGGGGAUAGUGGCAGCGGCAGCAACCACGGUAGCUGAAGGGAGACCAGAGGACAAGAAGAAGGGCGGCUGGUCGCGGCUGGGCCAGGCCCUGGGCACCAUGGUGCCGAGGUGGCUAUCCCCAAGCAAGCAAAAAGCCCUCGCGGACGCUCCAGGUGCCGCACCCACCACCACCACCACCGCCACGCCCUCCUCCGCCGCGGCCCUGGUUGCCCACUACGCUGGUGGGCUGGCCUUCAGCUCCUCGCAGCUGCCCCGGCCCGCCUUCCCCAUACCCCGCCCGCUGCACCCGACAACCGACGGCAGCUCCAGCAGCAGCCCCAGCCCCGGCCGCCCGAGCCCCCGCCCCGCCGGCCUGCUGAUGGAGGGUAGCCUGAGCCCUCGGCAGCGCUCGGGGCCGGGCCCCAGCCGCCUGAGCCAGGUAUCCAUUCCGCCGGUCGGGACCGGAGCUCUGGAGGAGUUGCGGCAGGGCGGAGUGCAAGUACCGGAGGGAGGCGAGCCGAAUGUGGCGGGCGGUGGGCCGGGGAGGCUUGCGUCUUCGUUUGGGAGGACAGCGAGGCAGCUGCAGGAGGCGGCGGUGGCAGAUGAUGGAGCAGGGAGGGUGAAGGACGUCGGCGAUGGCGAUCGCAGGAUUGAGCCCCCAGCGCAAGACGCCUCACAGCCAUCAGUCAGGACCUCCCGCUCCAGCCGGCAGAGCCACCACGGCCGCUCCAAGAGCGACAUGCCCCAUAACGUCAAGCGGAACCGCAGCAAGGAGCAGCCAACCAGGGAGGAGGGGUAUGUCCCCAUCACCACCAUCGCCGCCCGCCCUGCGUCCGCGGGACCAACCCUGUCCAGGGGAGACGCGGCCUCCCCUGCGCGGCUGCUGCGGGCACCCGAUGUGGUGCCGUGGGGGCGGUGCGUGUCGCCUCUGGGCCGCGGAGGAGCUCCUGCGGGUGGAGGCGGAGGUGGCGGGGCAGCAUACGGCGGCGGCAGCCCGCCGGUGGUGAUGUUGGCACCGCUGGCAGCGGCUGCGGCUGGGCAGGCGUUCGUGUCACCGCUGCGGGCUCCAGGCCUUGGUGUUGGCGCCACAGGAGUGCACGGCACAGCUGCUUGGGGAGUGGAAGGUCAGGGCGUGCUGCUGAACCACGAUAGACUUCCCUACAUCCAAUCCAACCUCAAGCCCUCACCCGGCAGUCGACCUCUCUCGGCCCCAUCGCACUCAAGGAACCCAAGCCAUGCAAACCUCCCGGGUCCAAUGUUCUUGCCCUCUGGCAGCGCCCUGCUCGCGCCCACCAUUGAAGCCCUAAGAGGCGGCGCCCUGGACAACGAUCAACCACUGUUGGGCUCCAGGGGCUUUGCGGCCACAGCCGCAAUUCCAGCGUGGGGGCGGCGCUUUGGGCAAGCAACGACGGCGAUGGCUGGCCAGGACGUAGGCCCUUGGGCGGGCCAAGGAGGCAUCCCACUAGAGAUGCCGCCACAGCAGCCGGGCAUGCUGCCAUGGGAGGGGCAAGCAUUGCGGGAUGGGCUUCAUGGGGAGCACCUGAUCUUGGAGCCCCUGGGGCAGUGGCAACCAGAAAGUGAGCUGCAGCUGCCGCUAGAGUACCUCGCAGAUGACAUGGCCAACCCGCGCUUCGCACCGCAAGCGCCGCCGCGCAGCCUGCACACGCCGCUGCUGUUGGGGUUGCGGCAGUCGAUAGCCGCCGUCAGGCUGUCACUAGGGCAACUACCGGAGGAUGUUGGCCGCAUCACAGGGGUGGAGGCGGGUGCUUGGCCAGGGUCUGAGGUGGCCGCACAUGCGCCAGCGGGCAACAACCCCUACCAGCCGCAGGGCGACGUUGCGCCUGGGUUGCAACAUGCAUGGCAUCACGGGGCUGCCGAGGAGCAGGUGGCAGUCGGUGGCGGUGGUGGUGUCCUGCCGUUCGCCGGGGGGCUGAGGCCUGCCAUGGUACAACCGUACUUCGCGCAGGGAGGCGAACCGGCAGUCGCGGGCGAUAUGACGCGGAGCUGGCGGGGAGCUGCGGACGGGGUCAUGUCAUCGGCAGUCGGUGUGCCCGCUAACGCCAGCUUACCGUCGCUGCUGGCUCCCCGCCGCAGCCGCAGCUCCGACAGGCUCCCGCCAUCCGCGUACCGCCGUCAUAGACCGCUUGGACUUGUACAAAAUGGCCGCGCAGGCCCUGAGGAGCCGUAUCCACCGCUGCGGCCACCCGACCACCCGCCGCUGCUGGAGCCGCAGCUGCCGUACCCGCAUGCAGCGCCCACCACCGCACCGUACCGACCAGAAGCAACUGCUACUGGGGUAUUGCCCUCCUUCGCCCCGCCUAGCCAGACGACGCGUCCGCUGCCGUUUUCGGCAGGAGCCGGAGUCUGGAGCGAUGACGACAGCAGCAGCUUGGCUUCGUCAGCCACUGGCAACUCGCUCAGGGAGAUCCAGCCGUCGCUUGCGCGGGAGUUGCGGCGGCGGGAGCUACCGGAGCCCCCGCGCCCGGCGGGCAGCGGUGUGUCGGGUGUGACGGUGCGCACGCUGAAACGCGAGGCAACCGAAGGGCCCCAUGUGAAGCUGAUGAAGCCCAAGCAGCUGUUGCGGCAGAUCCAGCCGCUCGGACCCACACCUGCCUUCACACGAAGGCGGCCCCUGCCGGAGGGGCAGGAGCAACAGGUGCCAUUCGGCAGGGGCGAACCCAUUGGGGCAGCUGUCCACGAGGAGCCUCGUAGUUUACAACCCAGCAUGGCUGGUGCUGACACCUCCAGCACUGAAAGUGGAGCUCCCUCCUCUCAAGAGCCGCUGUCCUCUCAGCACGAAACCGCUGCGGAACUGCCGACUGCCCCCACUUUCGAGCCAUGGUUUGCAAGGCAGCGGGAACACCCCGAGGAGCGGCAACAGGGCGCCGACGGGGGCCAGGGUCCCCGGACCUUUGUGCGCGUCGACGGCGCAGGCACGGUUGGUGUGCGGCCGCUGGCGCCCCCGCCACUGCAGGCGCUGCAGCGCACCUCCCCACGAUUGUUGCGCAUGCCGCAAGCUCCCUCCGACCUCCAGGAGACAAGACGCCAUGUACACAAGGGGUUUGCGGUUCCGGCUGCGGAGGAGCCUCGGUUCAACAGCGUCAAGCUGAUGCGGGUCAUGGGCCCGUCCACACAGGCCCCCUCUUCCGAGCGGCCCGAGGAGCGGCUGCCUGCCGGUUUGCCCAUGCGCAAGCUGCGGGUGCUGCAGCGGCCCGAGGGCGAGGUGCCGGGUGUGGUGCCGGCCGGCACCGCGGGCCGCACAGAGCACCUGCUGGGCAUGCUGCGGCGGCCCGAAGAGCGCUUGCAGCCGCCCGAUGCAGGGCUUGGGCAACGUGUUGGGCUGUUUGACGAGGCGACGGCGUCGUUAAAGGUGCCCGGAGCGACAGCGGCGGAACCGUCUCUGGCUGCCAGGGAGGACGCGCCGACUCGGUAUCGGCCACCCGAACAUGCAGCCACGGCAAUCGCACCCUCCCGACGCUCGCCAACACGCGACGUCGGGGUAAUGCAUCGACCCAUGGCUCGGGAAGCGGUUCACGCAGCGACGCAGUCUCCGUCUUCCAGUCCUAGGAUUGACAUACACGUCCACAGCACAACCACCACCACUAACCAGCCAUCCGCCCCAGCUCAGCAUUCCCAACAACCGCAUCAGCUACAACCACCACCACCAACAACAGCAAUUGCAACAGAGCCGUGGCUGCCACAGUUCUACCAGCCAACUGCGCCUCCACCACAACCGCCGGCCACUGUUGCCCCUGUUGACCCUGGUGCCCUGGCCGGGCUGUCAGCACUGAGCCAGCUGACAGCGCUCACCACCCUCGCCGGCCUCGGAGCUCCGGGUGUGGCUCCCCAGCCUGCAGGCGACCCCUGCAGCUGGCCGGACCUGAUGGAGACGACGCCCGAGACCCUGCGUCAAACAGCGGAGAACGCCGCCGUCCGCUGGCGCCAGCAGCGUGCCGCGCUGUCGCAUCCCAACAUGGGCGUGCUGAAGGACAUGAGCCCCGCUCUCUUGCUGGAGCCUGAGCACGUGCCAGGGCCAGGACCGCAUUACGAGGCGCAGCACCCGCUGUGGCCGGGAGGUGCUGUACGCACCGCUGGCGCUGGUGACGCUGGUGGGCCAGAUGUUUGUGAGGCCGUAAGGCGGUCGGGUUCGAGUUCGCCAGGUCGUUGGAUGAUGAGCAAGGCGCUGGAUGGCCGGGUGCUGGCGGUGAGCACGGCGGCUCUGGGCGACCUGCAGCAGCAGCAGCAACCUGUGCGCCAGCAGGCGGUGGAUGCGGGCUUGGACUACCUGUCAGUGCGCGAGCGGGAGCGGCAGCACCGGCGAGCAAGCAAGACGGAGGUCCAAGAAGAGAGGAGCGGG